AUGAGAAGGCCUUUGACAGCGAAUACAAUACUGUCAGCGCUGGUCGAUCAAGGUGUGGACGCGUCGUAUGUGAGGACAUUAGCUAAUUGCUACGAUCGAUGCACGACUAGGAUACAGCAUUUCCACCGCCCUCUCACCAUACCCCUUGGAAAGGGGGUACGACAAGCCGAUACUAUAUCGCCAAAGCUGUUCAGGGCUGCAUUGCAAUGGACAAUGAAAUCACUUUCCUGGGAAGAAAGGAGCAUACGUGUUGAUGGAAGAUUUCUCUCGAACCUUCGUUUCGCGGACGACAUCGUUCUAUUUUCGAGCAGUACCAAUGAAGCAGAAACGAUGCUCAACGAAUUGAACGAAGCAGGGAAGAGAAUAGGACUACGAAUAAACACAAAGAAGACACAGUUCAUGAAGAACGCCCACUGCGAGGACGGAAGAGUACAACUUGAAGGCUCCCAAAUCGUGGAAACUCCGUUAUACGUAGACCUCGGACGUUCUAUGAACAUGGAAAACGACUUGAAGGAAGAACUGAAUAGAAGAAUGAGAGCAGCAUGGGCAGCAUUCGCAGCCGUCAGAGAAGCUACAGACCAACUGACGGACUAA